AUGCGGAGAACCUGUUGUAUCCCACCGGCAUAUACAGAUUUAUGCGAAUCUAUGUGGCCCGGCCAAUAUCGCAAAAGCUCUUUCCCUGGUGAGGAUUGUGCCACAGAUUUGUCUACGCGCGACUGCUCAACCACGUCGAGCAUCAUGACCACGCCUUCUCCGCUGAGGGCCCCCUUGCCAGAAACUUUGAGUGACUCCGGGGCCCUUGGUGAUGGUGGGGCCCCUCCAAGUCUGUCAGCUGGGCGUGAAGGCAGUUCCGGAUCGCAGCAAGAAAAUUUACGCGCGAUUGUUGGGGGCCGCUUAAAGAGGAUGAAGCCUGCUGAGGAGGCCCCAGGCAUUCACAGCAGUGACUCUUGUGCUGCGGUAGCGAGCUGUUGCGCUCCAGCUGCAGGGGAAGCAGGAGCUGAUGAUCAUGAGACCUGUGAAGAUCCAGAGGCGAUCGGGAGGAACAGAAGGAGCAGUGGGCGGCAUGGCGACAGAAUCCCCUGUCCCAUGGAUCCUUCGCACUGUAUUUACAGCUUGCGGCUGCAGGCUCAUCUGAAGAAGUGCACGAAGGCCAGAGACAUCGCUUUCUCGCACUGCCUGCCGUUCAUGCAACCAGGAACGAACCUACCACUACAGCAGCAGCAAGACGAGCAGCAAAAGCAAGGCCAGCAGCAGCAACAAGACCACCAGCAGCAGCAUGCGAGGUACAUUGAAACCUCAGAUACAGCGGCGGCCUUCACCCCGCAGCUCGAGCGCAAGAUUUCGAGAGUCUAUGAACAGUGUCUGAAGUAUCUCAUGCAGGCUUCAUCAAAUGGCACACCAGCAGUGUCGGAAGAUGAAACACCAGCAGCUGUAGCGCCUUGGGAAUGUGGGCAGGCGUUGCCUGCUUCUGCCUUUAUUUCCAAGUGCUGUGACCCUGAAGCCGAUAGCGGCUGCGGUACCAUGACACCAGACGCAGCAAUGCUGCUGCGUGCUGCAGCUGAUGCUUGUCAAGUAGCUCUAGGUACGGGGUCGGCCGAAUCUUGUGGAAAAGGCACCCCGCUCGCCUCUGUCGAGGCGCAGCUGCAGAAGGCCCUUUCAUCGCCGCGCCAGCGGCAGCUACCUCUGCUACAGCAGCUGUUGCUGCAUCUGCAGGAGCACCUGAACAAGCACCAGCAGCAGCUGCUACAGCUUCUCUCCUUGUGCCUCUUGGAGGCAUAUCUUGAGUCGGCAAGCUGCGAUCAUACCUUGCUUGUAGAGCUCGGCGCAGGAAAGGGGGAUCUCACGCGCUGGCUCGGAUGCUGGUCCGCCGUUGCCGUUGCAGCCACUGCGCCGUCUGCAGGCGCAAAAGCCUUCGAGGCAGGUUCCUCCAGCGUUCUGCUCUCUGGGGAGGCCCCUCGACAUCGUGGCAUCCGCUGCAUUGUGGUUGAUAGGGAGGCGCGUCGCUACCGGAAGGAGGCAAAAGAUAAAUUGCUGCGCAAUCCGAACGAGCCUAGGCGGCUUCACCCUGCUGCCGUUGCAGCUGCGCAAAGACGCAAGGCUGCAGGGACUGCGGCAACAGGUGCCUCAGCGGUCGACUGCAACAGCGGCCCCAACAAUCCCUUACUCGAGGAAGCAACAGGCUGGCGAUCUACUGCGGUGAUGCAGUACGAAGAAAGCGCGCGAUCAGCAAGCCUCCACUCUCCGACUGUUGGCGGUUCCGCUAGUGACGCGCCUCCCUUGGCUGCUGCCCCUCUAGUUGCCGCUGCUUCUCCGGAUGAGAGCAGCGGAUGCAAUACAGACCGAAGCCUCGGCAGCUUGCCAUUUUUACCCUUCCCUCCAGUGCGCCUUCGGAUGGAUAUUUCGGAUUUCUCACUCUCGGCGCUCUUGCAAUAUGUUCGAGCUCAAGGCCCUCUCCGCCAGCCGCAUGUUCCUGGCUUUUUCAAUACCCUCUUUCGUUAUGGAUGCCGAUUCGCUUUGCCUCCGCAUCCGAAAGUGAAACCAGCAGUGGAGGCGCAGCAGCAGGCGCUGCAUAACGGCGCAGGAGAGCCGAAAGCAGAGAAGGCACGAAGUGAAGAAGGGUCCUUUAGUGGAGCCUCUGCUCCUCCUGCUGCCGGAAGAGGACUGCCGCAUGGCCCUAAAUCACGACUCUUGCGAUCACUAGCAGACGGAUCGACUGCUGACUUCUUUCGCCUCGCGGAAACGCUGGGAGAGGGCGGCGGGCCAAACAUGAAAAAGAUAGAGGAGGUUCUGGGCAUCCAUUUCAAAGGCAGCCCGGUGGUUUCCGUCCUUGGAGUCGCGAAGCACCUCUGCGGCAGUGGCUCGGACGUUGCGCUACGGUGUGUCUUAAAAAGAGCGCCGGUGGAAGCAGAUGAAGCUACAGCUGGAGGAGUUGUUCGUAGCAGUGGCUGGAAAGGCCGAAAACGGAGCAGCAGGAGGGCAGCGGCAGUGUGUUCCAUGGACUCGUUCGUCGGUGUAGACUUUCUUCUGAAGCUUGGAUUAUCGCUCCCGGAGAUUUCCCUCCUAUUCUCGCUCUCUGGGUGGGCCACUGGGGCCUCAGACAGAAAGAGGAAAGUCGGAAAUCUCGUCAAGAGGAUCUUGGACAUCUCGAGAGUCGCAUGGUUACGCGAAAAGGGUUUUUGUAAUGCGACCCUGCGCCAAUUCGUUGCAUCUGAAGAAACUCCUGAAUGCUUCGCAAUUACCGCUAGCUCCCACCUCUAA